AUAAAUAGCAAUGCUACAACCGUAUAACAAAACUUGUAAUCUCGUGAGAGCAAAUCAUUUAGUUUGAAAGAAAAACACAUAUAGCGGCAUCAAGGAAAAUGCUAAAAGUAGAAAGCGGCUGCCUGCUAUUCUUACUCGGCUUGUUUUCUCUUCUUCACCACAUGCACCUCGUCUUUGGUAACGAAGAAGUUGAAGCUUUAAUUGUUAUGAAGAAAGCACUUCAUGACCCAGGCAAUGUUCUACAGAGUUGGGAUCCUACUGAUCUAGUCAAUCCCUGCACUUGGUUUCGUAUUACAUGUGGUCAAGUAGGUCGACCGGAUUACAACUAUGUUACUCGAAUUUAUCUUGGAAAUGCAAACCUCUCUGGUUCACUCGUUCCAAAUCUCCAAAACCUUACACAUUUGCAGUAUUUGGAGCUUUAUAGUAAUGCAAUCAGUGGUCCGAUACCUGAGGAGUUUGGCAAUCUAACGAACUUGGUGAGCUUGGAUCUGUACGAUAACCAAUUGACCGGUCAAAUACCCCACACGUUGGGCAGUUACAAUCAUCUCAGAUUUAUGAGGCUCCAAGACAAUAGAUUCACGGGCAUUGUUCCUAGGUCUUUUAUCACAAUACCCACGCUCCAAGUCUUAAACGUUUCUGAGAACUGUAUAGAUACAUCAGUAUGGAAUCCACCCGAAGUCGUUAAUUUCUUCGCAAACUUUGGUGAUGAUAGUUUUGCAAAUAAUCCAAAACGGGGAUGUUAGCUUUAUAAGUUAAUGGAUGGACGGAUCUCUUCGGGGCUGAGUCUCGAUCCUGCAAGGCCGGCUCUCUAGAUGGCUUGUUUCACCGUGUUCGAUCAAGAAAUAUCAAUAAAGUGGGAGAGCAUAUUUUUGUCCGAAAAGUUUCUUGUCAAACGUUUCUGGGAAUGUGCUCAUCCUACAAGUUUAUUUCGGAGUAAUUUUUUUUAAGUUUGUGAAAAAAGUUCUCUGGAUGUGUUCAGAGUUCAUCAAUUUAUGUUUGAUAAUAAGUCGUUUGUGUGUACUUUUCUGAGUAUAUGGGGCGAUUGGUGUUUAUGUUAAUUACGUUAAGGCUCGGUUUGGUUCACGGAAUGUCAGAUUACGUUUAUAAUAUAAUGUCAUAUUGCUAGGUAUGUUAGAUUAUAUUGAUGGAAUGUAUUCAAUUAUAUCUCAUUUGUGUUUGAUUGAGACUAAGGG